UACUUCACUUCUGCCGUCUGAUCUUGGUUGCCAUAACUCAAUAGAUUUGUGCCAACUCCAGAAUAGAGAUUACAGUCAAGAAAUAUUUACUGCUUGUCAAGUUGUCAUCGAACUGAUCCCUAAGGACAAGAUUCUGUGCAUGUCUGAACUCAGUCCAAUUCUGCCUUAGAAAAUACAUGUUCCAUUUGCUGAGAGGAGAUAACCUCCUUUUCUGCCGGCAACCACCAUAAUCAUAUUAUGGGCGAGACAUACUUGACUUCAUAAUCUUGGCCGGCAAAGACGAUACAAACCAAGCUUCAUCUAGCUUUUUGGAAAGCUUAGUUAAGUUCCAAAUUUGAGCUGCUUCUCCUGUGGCUUACAUCUGUCCUUUCAGGGCCUAUUGACAGGCCGGCAGUAUGAUACUACCCUUUAAUAGCACCAAGUAUUGCUGAGACAAUCAAGGAGAUUGACCAAGUUAAUGGUUAUACAGGUUAUCAGGUCUGCAAAAGUAGUGUCUUUUCAUUUCCUUCCUUCCAUCUCUCCCUCCUGCUCUCUCUCCAGCCUCCAGGAUUCCAACCAUGCGAUCAAGAACCAAAUAUACUUGCCUCUUGGCUCUCUACUUUUCCCUAUCCCUGAAAAUUGCCCAUGUCAAUCCUCUGUCCUUCAAGUUGAACUUCACUGAAUCAAAUCAUAAUGGAUCAGCCACAAUUCAGCUCCAGGAGGAUGCCUUCUACAACAAGGCGGUCAAGCUCACCAAGGAUGAGUUGAAUGGAAAGAUCACUCAAAGCGUAGGCCGAGCAAUCUACACCGAUCCAGUGCCUCUCUGGGAUAGCACCACCGGUCAGUUAGCCAGCUUCACAACCCGCUUCACGUUCAAGAUAUAUGCACCCACGAACGACAGUUCGUACGGUGAGGGCCUAGCCUUCUUCCUCUCAUCAUACCCUUCUGUGGUCCCCAAUAACUCCAUGGAUGGUUAUCUUGGCCUCUUCAGCAAUAGUAAUGAUCAGAGCGAUCCACUCAACCAGAUUGUGGCUGUUGAGUUUGACAGCCACAAAAACACUUGGGAUCCAGAUGGCAACCAUGUAGGCAUCAACAUCCACUCAAUUGUAUCUGUAGCCAACGUGACAUGGCGAAGUAGUAUCAACGAUGGCCGGAUAGCCAAUGCUUGGGUAACUUACCAGGCAAAUUCAAGGAACUUGAGUGUCUUCUUGUCGUACCAGGACAACCCACAAUUCAGUGGCAACUCCAGCCUAUCUUAUUCGGUUGAUCUCAGCAAAUAUCUCCCUGACAAAGUGUCCAUCGGAUUCUCUGCUUCCACAGGUAAAUUUGUAGAGCUGCACCAGAUUCUUUACUGGGAAUUUGAUUCUACAGAUGUGCACCUGAUGAAGACUGAGAAAACAAAAGGUAUAUUGGUCAUAAGCUUGUCUACGAGCGGUAGUGUUGUGGUCUGCUCAAUUGGCUUGGUUUGCUUCUUUUUAUGUUUUAGAAGGAUUAGAAGGACUACAAGGUCAAGAGAGAAGGAAAAAGAGAAACUAGACUGUGAUGAGUCCAUUGACAGUGAGUUUGAGAAAGGCAAGGGGCCAAGGAGAUUCCAAUACAAUGAACUCGUAGUGGCGACGGAUAAUUUUGCUGCAGAGAGAAAGCUUGGAGAAGGGGGUUUCGGUGCAGUAUACCAGGGUUUCUUGAAGGAUCAAAACAUUGAAAUUGCCAUAAAACGAGUUGCAAAAGGGUCAACACAGGGGAGGAAGGAGUACAUCUCUGAGGUCAAGAUCAUCAGCAGACUAAGGCAUCGGAAUCUUGUGCAACUUGUGGGCUGGUGUCAUGAGCAUGGAGAGUUCUUGUUAGUCUACGAGUUUAUGCCAAACAGGAGCUUGGACAAACACCUCUAUGAUGGUGGAAACCUGUUAGCAUGGCCAUUGCGGUUCAAGAUAACCAUAGGUGUUGCAUCCGCCCUCCUGUAUCUCCACGAGGAGUGGGAACAAUGUGUCGUGCAUCGUGAUGUCAAGCCAAGCAAUGUGAUGCUUGAUUCUGGAUUCAACGCUAAGCUUGGGGACUUUGGGCUCGCACGGCUUGUAGACCAUGACCGAGGCUCACAAACUACAGUGAUAGCUGGGACCAUGGGUUACAUGGCUCCAGAGUGUGUCACUACUGGGAAAGCAAGCAAAGAGACUGAUGUCUACAGCUUUGGCAUUCUUGCUCUGGAGAUAGCUUGUGGAAGGAGGCCCGUUGUGCCAAAGGAAGAUAAUGACAGGAUCAGUUUGGUUCAAUGGGUUUGGGAUCUUUAUGGAAGAAAUGAGAUACUUAAUGCAAUUGAUGGAAGGCUUGAUGGUGAAUUUGAAGAGCGGGAAGUUAUUUCCUUGAUGGUUGUUGGACUUUGGUGUGCACACCCAGAUUAUAAUAUCCGGCCUUCAAUUCGCCAGGUCAUAAGCGUACUGAAGUUUGAAGCACCAUUACCAGACCUUCCACCAAAGAUGCCAGUGGCAAUGUACUUUGCACCACCAAUUUCUCUCUGCAGAUUUUCACAGUCAUCUAAUGGGACACUGAAGGAGCUGGAAAGGCCGAACAGUUAUGGAAAUACGAGCUCGUCCAGUGCAACCAAUGAUUCUUGUGCCCCUCCCUCUGUUCGGUUGCCAGAGGUUGGUUACUAGGUUUGCCGUGUAUUCCUAUUGUGUUAUCAUGUUUGCCUUUGUGCAGUGCUGACUGUUUUUGAGAGGCACUCAAGUUUAACUGCAAACAGACGUGUAUUUGACUCUAGCUAAAUGCUGUGAACAUCCCUGAUUCAA